AGGUAAGUCCUUUGUUAAGCAUCUUGACCAGUCCACACGUCUGGUAAUGCAAAGUGAAAGUGCAGGCUUAUGUCUGAGUUUGUAUUGUGAAGACCGAGCUCUUGUAGCGAGGCUGUUUCAGCACCACGGGGAGCGACCGCGCCGCCCGCAUAAUUAAUCCAUAAAGAACUCAUUCAAUCCUCCGCCCAGCCGUCACGCUAUUGGCUGACCGCUAAUCUACUUCCUGAUUUGUUGCUGUCAGUCUCCCUCCAAAUAAAUAGUAAUGUACCUGUAACAGCGUGUACAGGUUGCCAAAGAGAUUACGUUGCUGCUUUAAAGGUCCUGAAGACUGACAAACCGAGUAAUUUCGUUUGCGGCAGCGACAGUAAACCUCACGGAUUGAUUUUUUUUUAUAAAAAAAGUUUUGAAAUGAAUCUAAACUACACAUCUCAGCUCCCCCAGAUGCCGACUCAGAGGUCAACGUCGUUCUUUAUUGAAGAUAUUUUACUACAUAAACCUAAACCUUUGCGAGAUGUGUUUCCUUCGCCCUUUUCAAACUCUCUGGCGUCCCGGAUGCCUCUUUUAGAAUAUGGAUAUCCACUAAUGCCUACACCGAUACUGGCUCCUCAUCCGCAUCAUCCGCUACACAAACCUGAACAUCAUCCUUACUUUUUCACCUCCGGAAUGCAGAUGCCUGCGUUAUUUCAGCAUCAUCCGGAAUUACCAGGAAAACACUGCAGACGCAGAAAAGCUAGGACUGUGUUCUCAGACUCACAGUUAUCUGGACUGGAGAAAAGGUUCGAGAUCCAGAGGUAUCUCUCCACACCUGAGCGCGUGGAACUGGCAACGGCACUCAGUCUAUCCGAAACACAGGUAAAAACGUGGUUUCAAAACCGGAGGAUGAAGCACAAAAAACAGCUGAGGAAAACACAAGACGAUCAGAAAAAUCCAAACGAUGUUGACCGAUCUCUGGACAACGCGAGCGACAGCGAAAUGCACGAGAAAAAUACAGAAGACGGCAAAAACGGCAUGAGCCCGGACAGAUACACGUUGGAUGAAAAUGAAGAUGAUGUCGAUAUUGAGGAUGACAUUUGUUCUCCUGAACAUUUACUCUAGUAUUAUUAUUAUUAUGGACAAUCAGAAAACGAAAAUGUACAAAUAAAUUACGAUCUUUUAGAUAGGAAAUUACAUAUACUAUUUUAUUAUUAUUAAUUUCAAAAUAACAUUAUUUUAAUCUGUUGUUUAAGCGCUUAAGAAAUGUUUGGACAAAGCUAAAAACAAUGAAGCAUGUUUUUUUAUUAUUAUUAUUAUUAUUAUUAUUAUUAUACAGUCUGGCUUUGUGACUGGAUAUACACUGACCAUUUUGUAAAUGUAAAACGAAUGGUAGGUAAUGUACAGACAAUAUGUAAAUAGA